AUGGAUUCAAAGUUCAUCUCCAUUGCACUUGAGAAGUAUGUACGGGAAGACCUAACCCGAAAGGUAAGGGACUUGCGUAGUAUGUUGCAUGCAAGGCAUGGGCAUGAUGUAACUAUGUACAAGGUUUGGGAAGCCAAACAGAAGGCAGUUGCACGUAUUUACGGGGAUUUUGACGAGUCGUACGCAGAAUUGCCACGAUUUCUAGCUCCAUUGUCUGAUGCAGAUCCGGAUACUGUGACCACAUUAAAGUGUGACCCCCAUGUCCCGGGGACUUGUAUAUUCAACUCCGCGUUUUGGGCUUUCGGUUCGUGUAUUAGAGGGUUUAGGCAUUGCAGGCCGGUGAUAAGCAUAGAUGCAACGCACCUUUAUGGCAAGUACAAAGGAAAGCUGUUGAUAGCAAUGGCAACAGAUGGUAACAACGAGAUUUAUCCACUCGCAUUUGCCGUUGUCAAAAGCGAGAGCACGGAGACAUGGGGAUGGUUCUUGGCAUGCCUGUUGACCUAUGUUACAGACCGCACCAAUUUGUGUAUAAUAUCCGACAGGCAUCGUGGGAUACAAUCAUGCUUCGAUGACACCACUAGGGGCUACUUGCAACCGCCGUUAACCCAUCACCGGUAUUGCCUCUGCCAUUUAGUAAGCAAUGUUAACACUAACUUCAAUAGUGUGCCGUUGAAGAACUUGGUAUGGAACGCAGCAACUGCGAAUCAAGUUAGGAAGUUUGAGAACACCAUGGAUUGCAUCAAGAAUGUCAACCCGGCUGCGUACGACUAUCUUAAGGAGGUAAAUCAAGAAAAGUGGACACUUGUACAUGACCAUGGGCACCGAUAUGGGGCAAUGACAACCAACCUGUCAGAGUGUUCAAUGGGGUACUUAAGGGCGCACGUAGCUUGCCCAUAA